UGCAGCAACACCAGCCUCCACCCCGCUGCAGGAUGCGCUGCUCGCCGUUCCGUGCAGCCGUGUGCGGCCUGCUGCUGGUGGCCGGGCUGCAGCUGCUGUAUCUCGGCCUGUUGCCGGGCCUGCAGCCGGUGGGCAGCCGGCGGGAGAGGCCUAGGCCGGAGCCUGGGGCUGGCGUGGAGGCCGAGGCCGCCCGCCUGGCGCUGCAGCACGGCCUGAGGUCCGGGGGUCAGCCCGAGGCCGGCGGCCGCUACCUCCUCUACCGGGACGUGACGGGGCAGGCGGGCAGGCGAGGCCCAGGCUCCGGGCCGGGCCUAGGCCUGACCAUAAGCCUCGGCCUCGCCACCCACGCCUCCCCCAACAACCUGCACCAUCUGCCGGCCUUGACCCGCCGCUGGCAGGGCCCCAUCUCUCUGGCCCUGUUCGCCACCCAGUCCGACCUGUCCGAGGCCCUUCAGGCCCUGCAGCUGCUGGUCCUGCACUGCCCGGGGGUCCGAGAGCUGGUGACCGUCACCCUGGUCACUCCGGCCGCAGUCCGGCCCCCCGUGGCCGUCCCCGGGGCCCCUUCGCUGCAGGGUGGCGAUGAAAGGGGUGGCCAAAGGGACGCCGUCUGCCACCGGGCACUGGAGCCCGUCUACCGGCUGAGGGGCCGCUACGCCAAUUACGGCCUGGUCAACGCCUCGUAUCCGGGGAACCUCCUGCGCAACGCGGCCCGCCGGGCCCUGCCUGCCCGCCACGUGGCGGUGGUGGACAUGGACAUGCUGCCCAGCGGCGGGCUAUACCGGCGGUUGCUGCGGCUGCUGGAGAUCCGGCGCGCCGCCGCCACCGUGUACGUGCUCCCGGCCUUCGAGAUCCGCCGCAGCCGCCGGCUGCCGUCCGCCAAGGCCGAGCUCCAGCGGCUCUACCAGGUGGGCGAGGUGAGGCCCUUCUACGGCGAGCUGUGCCCCCGCUGCCAGGCCCCCACCAACUACAGCCGGUGGAUCAACCUCGGACCGGGCCCCGGACCGGACCUGAGGGUGGCCUACACCCUGAGCUGGACUGACCCCUGGGAGCCCUUCUAUGUGGGCCCCAGCAACGUACCUCCCUACGAUGAACGGUUCGAACAGUACGGAUUCAAUCGCAUCAGCCAGGCCUGUGAGCUGCACGUGGCGGGCUUUACAUUCGCCGUGCUGGACGAUGCCUUCCUCGUCCACAAGGGCUUCAAGGUCCCGGGGGAGUUCCACGCGCAGAAGGACGAGGAGAACCGUAGCAACCGCGCGCUCUUCCGCCAGUUCAAGCAGGAGCUGAAACUGAAAUACCCCGAGUCCCCCCGCCGAUGCUGAGGGGCGCUGAGACUACCGAACGCAGGCGGGCAUGGCGCACACCAUCACGUGGACGACCCCUCUGCCCCUCUCGUCCGUGGGUCAAGGUGAGCCAUCCAGCACAUCAAUAGACAAUAGACGCAGGACAUUCGGCCCUUCGAGCCAAUGUAAUCAAGUCUGAUCAUCCACAAUCAGUUUCACCCUCCCUCUGACUAAAGAAAUCCCCACUCAUCUCCUUGCUGAAGGAACUGGGUCUGCACUCGCUGGAGUUUAGAAGGAUGAGGGGGAGGGGGGUUGACCUCAUUGAAAUGUUAACCGAAUAGAGUGCAGAUGCAGGAAAAAUGUUCCCAAUGUUGGGCGAGUCCAGAACCAGGGGCCACACACACACACAGUCUUAGAAUGAAGGGGAGGUCAUUUAAGACUGUCAAAUCUGAGGAAGGACAUUAUUGCCAUAGAGGGAGUGCAGAGACGGUUCACCAGACUGAUUCCUGGGAUGUCAGGACUGUCUUAUGAAGAAAGACUGGAUAGACUUGGUUUAUACUCUCUAGAAUUUAGGAGAUUGAGAGGGGAUCUUAUAGAAACUUACAAAAUUCUUAAGGGGUUGGACAGGCUAGAUGCAG